GUUUAGAAUUCAGAAUACGUUACCAAAAACAUAAAUGCCACACCUGGAUUUUAGCAUAAGAAUAGGCUGCAGGAGGGGAGCCAGGUAUAAAUUGUCAGUGUCUGUUUGCAGAUUAGUUCUGCAGUGCUCAGUAGGUUUCACACAAGACAAGAGAACUUUUUCCCGUUUGGAUCACCUUUGACAAGCAACAAUGAAGAAAACAAUGUUGCCCAAUUCCAAUGCAGUGAAGAUUAUGUCAAUUAUCACUAUUGGUUUUUUUCUGAUCACUUUGAAUGUCCAGCUGAGUUUCAGUGAGAACCAGUCACAAAGUCGCAAGUUGAUUCUGUUAAGAAAUAGAGUAAAACGUGCCACUGAUUGCCCCACCAAAGUCAUAACAGAAAAUAUAACCAGUGAACCUACCCUACCCACAACAUAUACAGCUGAGGAGCUGGAUGCCUGUUUGGAAAAUGAAGUGCUGGCUAAAAACCUUACUCAACUGGGAAAUAUUGCUUUUAGCAAAGAUCAACUUAUAGUUCUAAAGAGGAAAUUAGGAGAGAUUUAUCCCGAUGGACUGCCACAAGAGGAGAUUCAACGGUUGGGAUUCAUUAUCACAGUAUAUGGACCUGAGGAAAUUAGCACAUGGAAUAUAACGGAUCCGAAUACCCUUGUACUUGUUCUUCCUAACAGUCCAAAUUUCAAUACGACAAUUGCAAUUGUUUCAAAUUACCUUCAGAGAUCUGGGCCGCUGAAUGCAGUUGUGUUGAAUGCGAUUAGUGGUUCAACUUUGUGCAGUCUGAGUGAAGAGAAUCUUCGAACCAUCCUUCCUAGUGAAUUAAAGAAAGCCAAACCAUUAAAUAUUUCCAUGUGCACUCAAGCCAAAAAGGACAUAAUCUAUGGAAUUGCAGAAACUGCUUUCCGAGAUCAAGCUAAUGAUCCCAAUGCCUAUUAUCCCCUCAUCAAGCCAUAUAUCUCUGGUGCAAAAGUAUCUGAUUUACGGAGCUUAGCUGCUGGAAAUAUCAACAUGGACUACGCAACCUUUAGGACACUCAAUCCAGUGGAAGUAGAACAACUCACUGCUGAGGAAAUCCGUAAUCUACUUGGAGAAAAUCUAAAUGACCUUAAAACAAAUGAGAAUGAUUUAAUAGUGCAGCGAUGGAUUAACAAACACAGACCAGAUGAGGUGGAAAGUCUGGGAAUUGGUCUACGAGGAGGACUAUCACCAGCUGGAAUUGGAGUCUUUGUUUUUCCUGAGUUGCCUGGCUCCGCUUCAGUCAACAGUUACAGCAUCCUGCUUUCCAUUUGCAUAACUGUGAUGAGCAUCACAAUACAAUCCAUUUUAUAAACUGGGAUUCAACCCACUUGUGCUUUCUACCUGAUAACUGGAGAGAAUCAGAGCUCACUGAUGGAUUUUAAUGAAGGUUUAACAAUCUCGGCAUGUAUAGUGAGGUGUAUGCCUAUACACAAUCCAUUCUGGAGUUGCUUGAAACCAGCUUUUGAGACAACACUUUGAAUAUGAAGCAGAAGAUAAAGAAACAGGAUUGACAUUUUAAAAAAACAUGCAGUAAAUGAUAUCUGGAAUUCAGGGCCUAAUAUAUGGUGAAAACAGAUUCAGUUAUUGUAAUCAAUAAGAUAUGGGAUAGACACUUGCAAAAAAGAACAGGGGAAUAAGAUGACUGGAUAUCUUACGGAGAACUACCUCACACUAAAUGGGCUGAAUGGUUCUUGGUAUGCAUUCCAUGAAUUCUACCAUUUUAUGAUAAGAUUAGGGGGAACAAUGGAUUGCAAACAAAUUGACAAUUAUAUUAAAGCAACAAGUUAAAUAUUUUGCUUUUCAGAUCACCCAAUCCUGCAAUAUGAUCUUCAUUCAUUUUCUGUUCUCACAAUCCUUGUAGGAGGAUUAUUUCAGGAUAUUACUAUCUUCUACAAUUUUCUUUGUCUUGUGUAUUUGCAUCCUGGCACAUGUGCAGAUCACAUGCACUGGGAAGUCAUGGCAUCACCAUCAACUGUUUGCAAUCCAUACUUGUUCAGCAGCAAAGAAGCUCAAAGGAUGCUGUUGAUCAUAAAUACAAAUUCCGUUAGGUCUGUUAUUCAAUAUAAUAUUGCUGAAGCUAUCAGUAGUGCAGAACUGAGUGUCUCUGUUAAUUUAGCUCAACUCAGUGGGAUUAUGGGAUUACAAUAAGACAAUUUGUCUCAGUGAUUUGUUACUGAAAAGGAGAGAAAGAGCAUUAAGAGUUUCCACUCCAAAUCAUUAUUCAGUUAUCAACUUGGGAAGUGUAAAUGUGGACCACCUUUGGACUGUGCCAUGAGGCAUUUUGCCAUUGCCUGACUCUAACAAACUUAUAACGGUUUUAUCAAAUCCAAUUACAUUUAUGAUUAAUAAUAGAAAGUAGAGAAAGACACUUUUCUGUCUGCUUUGUAUUCUGGCCAGAGUCGAGAGUGAAGCAUAAAAUGUUGUCUAAAAUAAUAUAUUGGUUUUAUUCUCUAUAUUCUACAUUGCCAUUCUAAUUGAGUUUGUAUAUUCAUUGUUGCCUUAUCUUUCAGCUAUUUAUUUUUUGGAUAAUACACCUACUGAUUCAUUCUACAUUAUUAUGUUGUGUUAAAAAUGUAUAUUUUUAUUUACAAUAAAAUAGAAAUGAACCAUG